CCACCCACCCCGCGGCCCGGAAACCCUAGCCAGCCGCCGGCGGCGAGGCGGACCCACCGGCGGCGGCGAGGAUGAGCGGCGGGGGCCCGCCCAGGAAGCGCAACUUCAAGAUCGAGGCUUUCAAGCACCGGGUGGAGCUCGACCCCAAGUACGCCGAGCGGACAUGGAAGGUCCUCGAGCACGCCAUCCACGAGAUCUACAACCACAACGCCAGCGGCCUCUCCUUCGAGGAGCUAUACAGGAGCGCCUACAACAUGGUGCUUCACAAGUACGGCGAGAAGCUCUACAACGGCCUCGAGAGCACUCUGACAUGGCGCCUCAAGGAAAUAUCGAAAUCCAUAGAGGCUGCGCAGGGCGGUUUGUUUCUGGCAGAGCUGAACGCCAAGUGGAUGGAUCACAACAAGGCGCUGCAGAUGAUCCGGGACAUUCUAAUGUACAUGGACCGGACUUACGUCCCGACGUCUCACAGGACGCCUGUUCACGAGCUUGGUCUGAAUCUGUGGAGGGAUCAUAUAAUCCACCACUCCAUGAUCCAUGGUCGGCUGCUCGACACCCUUCUCGAUCUUAUUCACAGAGAAAGGAUGGGUGAGGUGAUCAACAGAGGCCUCAUGAGGAGCAUAACAAAGAUGCUGAUGGAUCUUGGUCCUGCUGUGUAUCAAGAUGACUUUGAGAAGCCAUACUUGGAAGUUUCGGCAAGCUUCUACAGCGGGGAAUCUCAGGAGUUCAUUGAAUGUUGUGAUUGUGGGAACUAUCUUAAGAAGGCCGAGAGGCGGCUCAAUGAGGAAAUGGAGCGUGUCUCGCACUACUUGGACGCUGGCAGCGAGGCAAAGAUAACUAGCGUGGUGGAGAAAGAGAUGAUUGCCAAUCACAUGCAUAGGUUGGUCCACAUGGAGAACUCAGGCCUUGUCAACAUGCUUAUAGAUGACAAAUAUGAAGAUUUGGGUAGGAUGUACACCUUGUUCCGAAGGGUUCCUGAUGGUCUAUCCACAAUCAGGGAUAUGAUGACUUCUUACCUGAGGGAAACAGGGAAGCAGUUAGUGACGGACCCAGAGAGACUGAAAGACCCUGUGGAAUUUGUCCAGUGCUUGUUAAAUGAGAAGGACAAGCAUGACAAGAUCAUCAGUGUUGCUUUUGGCAAUGAUAAAACCUUCCAAAAUGCUCUGAAUUCAUCCUUUGAGUUCUUCAUCAACUUAAACAACAGGUCACCAGAGUUCAUAUCACUGUAUGUUGAUGACAAACUCCGCAAAGGACUGAAAGGGGCAACAGAAGAGGAUGUGGAGGGUAUAUUGGACAAAGUCAUGAUGCUGUUCCGUUACCUUCAGGAGAAGGAUGUGUUUGAGAAGUACUACAAGCAGCAUUUGGCGAAAAGGCUCCUUUCUGCCAAAACUGUUUCUGAUGAUGCUGAGAGGAGUAUGAUAGUUAAACUCAAGACAGAAUGCGGGUACCAGUUCACCUCCAAAUUGGAGGGCAUGUUCACUGACAUGAAGACUUCUCAGGACACCAUGCAAGAUUUCUAUGCCAAGAAAUCUGAAGAGCUUGGGGAUGGCCCUACGCUUGAUGUCCACAUUCUCACGACUGGUUCUUGGCCAACGCAACCCAGUCCUCCCUGCACCCUCCCACCUGAAAUCCUUGUAGUAUGUGAGAAGUUCCGUGCAUAUUAUCUUGGAACUCAUAGUGGCCGGAGAUUGACAUGGCAAACAAAUAUGGGGACAGCUGAUAUAAAGGCCACAUUUGGGAAAGGUCAGAAGCAUGAGCUGAAUGUAUCCACUUAUCAGAUGUGUGUCCUCAUGCUGUUUAAUUCCAAUGAUGGAUACACCUACAAAGAUAUCGAACAAGCUACUGAGAUUCCUGCCACAGACCUAAAGAGAUGUCUCCAGUCUCUUGCUUGUGUCAAAGGGAAGAAUGUUCUCCGUAAGGAGCCCAUGAGCAAGGACAUAUCAGAGGAUGACACAUUCUACUUCAAUGACAAGUUCACAAGCAAGCUUGUUAAGGUGAAGAUUGGGACAGUGGUCGCACAAAAGGAAUCCGAGCCAGAGAAGCAGGAGACUCGCCAACGGGUUGAGGAGGACAGGAAACCUCAAAUUGAGGCCGCCAUUGUCAGGAUCAUGAAAUCCAGGAGAGUCUUGGAUCAUAACAGUAUCGUAGCUGAGGUUACCAAGCAGUUGCAAGCACGGUUCUUGCCAAACCCUGUUAUCAUAAAGAAGCGCAUAGAAUCUCUAAUUGAACGUGAGUUCUUAGAAAGGGACAAAGCAGAUAGAAAAUUAUAUCGCUAUCUUGCGUAAAACCCACCAUGUGAUAUAUUUCAUGAGGAUGUGGCCUCCUUGUAUUACUGUAAAACAUUUUCCGUUAUGCUUGAGUUCAGUUUUAUUUGUUGGACACUGUCCACUGAAAUCAUAGCAGCUACUGGAUCUGGUUAUCAA